AUGCAAGUCAAAGGAAAAGAAGGUUCAAGGUUGUAUAAGGUUUUCAAACCAUUGGUUGCAAAUAAUUCUCCAACUCAAAAAGAGGUUCAAUUAGACAAACAAUUAAAGUAUUGGAAAAUGAAAAAUGACACAUUGGCGAAAGCUUGUAGCUAUGUUAAUGAAGAAAGAAAAGUUGUUGAAUUGAUUACGAAAUGGAAGAAUAUUUGUCAAAUGGCUUCGAAUUAUUUAUAUAAUGAUUUUUCAAUUAAGAUUGAACGAAUUGGAGGAUAUAAGAAAUUUCAAAUUAGAGAAUGGGAGAAAUUGAAGGAAUCUAAGAGUUAUGGGGUUGAAGAGAUGGAGAAUAAUUUCGAGAUAUAUGUUGAAUCUGAUGAGUUUAAGAUGUUGUCUGGGUUGGAACAACAAGAAGUGAUUGAUAAUUUUAAUGAUUUUCUCAAGACUCAUAAACCGCCAGAUAAGGAUGUUCCAGAAUUCACCGAUGAGUUUACUAUGAGGGAUCUAUAUAAGUUAUUACAUUUGGAUUAUUCCUUGGUUUAUGAAUGA